CUCCCCACCGUUCCCUGCCCUCGUCCCAUCCCGAUCAGCCCCCCUCGCCCCGCUUGUCCUCCUGCCAGCUCGCCGUCGACCCUGUCCUGCCUGUGUCGGCUCUGCCCCACCGAUCCUCUUGCCCACGCCCUGUCUCGGUGCAUGGCGCUUCCCUAGCUGCCGGCACUCUCUCCCUUCUUUGCGAUCGUCCGAUGCCUGGUCCACAAAUGUACAACUCAACAUCAACCCCCGUCCACUUCAGCUUCGGCCGCCAGGUCAACAUCUACGAUACGAUCUGGUUAAUGAUCUGUACUGGCGGCGUCCUGCUGGUGUCGCCGGCCUGUGGAAUGUUCUAUGCAGGAACCGCGGAAUACAAGAACGUCAUCUCCAUUCUGCUGCAAAGCAUCAUCAUCUUCGCCACUAUUACCCUCCAGUGGUGGGCAUAUGGAUACAGCCUGGCGCUGUCUCCACGGAGCACAAAUCCCAUCAUUGGUGAUUUUGUCGACGCUGGAUUCGAGACCUUGCUUCUGUCGGAUUCGAGCCAUAUCCACGCCCCCUCGCUACCGUCGCUCGGAUACGCCCUCUACCAGGGCAUGUUUGCCGCAGCAACGGCCUCAAUUCUCUAUGGUGCAGCCGUCGAACGCGUCCGCAUUCUGCCGCUGAUCGUCUUUAUUCUGAUAUGGACGACAUUUGUCUAUGAUCCGGUCACAUAUUGGGUGUGGGCUCCCAAUGGAUGGCUCAUCGAAAUCUUUGACUUUUUGGACUUUGCCGGAGGGGCUCCCGUUCACAUCGUCUCUGGAUUCUCCGGCCUUGCCCUUUGCCUCGCCGUGGGGCCGCGAAAGAACCCUAACCUCACCCCCACGAGCCUGCCCCUCAUGUUUACGGGCACGGUGCUGAUGUGGUUCGGAUGGCUAUUUUUCAACGGAGGAAGUAGCUUUUCGGUGGCUCCGCGUGCCCUGAUAGCCAUGCUCAACACCUCACUCGGUGCUGCUACCGGCGGAUUGACAUGGGUGCUGUUCGAUUAUCGAAUCCAUAAGAAGCACACCACACUUGGGUUCUGCUCAGGAGUAGUGGCCGGACUGGCAUGCAUCACUCCUGCAUCGGGCUAUGUCUUUCCACACUUUGCCGUCCUCUUUGGCCUGAUAGGCUCGCUAUGUGCCAACAUGGGAUGCUUCAUCAAGAGCUACUUCCAAUACGACGACACGAUGGAUACGUUUCCAGUCCACGGCAUCUCAGGGGCAGUUGGAUCGCUUCUGACAGGCAUUUUCGCAUCCGUCCGCUUGGUGAACCAAGAUCCACGCAACAUUCCGAUACACCCGCCAAUGUCGUUCCUCCUUGGUGGAGCAAUAGACGGGAAUUGGAUGCAAGUACCGAAGCAACUCUUGGGCAUCAGCGCAUGUGCCACCUGGAGCUUCUUCAUGACGUUUGCCAUCGCCAAGUUGAUGGAAAGGAUUCCGGCUCUCAGUUUGAGAGUCUCCCCCGUCGUCGAGGCCGCUGGUCUGGACAUUUCCCUGUGUGGAGAAGCUGCCUAUGAUUUCACUCAUUCAGCCGUCAAGGACUCCUUGAACGAAUUCGAUCUGCGAACUUAUGUAUCAUAGCAAAGCCGCGUCCUGUCGCAUUCCCUCGAUCCCUCUCCUCUCUUCACCCCUCCCUCUCCAUCCCUCUCGAACGACCUGGCUCCAGCUCUCUCCUCGACGACUCGUCUCGGUUCGACAGAUCAAAAGCGAUUCCGGCCGUCCGGUCAUCCACACAGAGGUCGAUCUUCCUUCAUUGACACCGUCGCCGUGCCCCUCAUCAGAGACCAAGGAAUCCGGUUGACCCAAUUUUGCCACAGCAGAAUGGACAUAUGUCUGUGUAUGCUUCCUUCCUGAUGCUGCUGAUGUUGCUUGUCUGCAGAUUAUAUUGUCAGCGCAUCAAUCGGCUACUCGUUGCCUCAGCCCACCAAUUAUCGUUGCCUUUUGUUGCUCAUGCAUGCAAUAGAGUCAGGCACUCUGGCAUGAACUUAUAGCCAAUACAAUAAAAAACGGGACACCCCGGAUUUUGGUCGUUGAACAAA